AUCGGCCGUCAUUGUGACGUGGUCUAAUUGUAACAUUUACCAGUUAUGUUUUGACGUAGAUUAAGGUGCUAAACUACACCAUGACUCUAGCGCCUCCACAUGGCGUUCUUGGAAAUAGCAACAUUUUCGUCUUGUCUAAAUGCUAAAUUUGGAUUCAUCAGUGAACAAUGUGGCACUGUACCAUUCAAUUGUUUUCGUGGAAAUUGUAAAUGUGUCGGGACAAAUCUGGAGAUAAAACUGGUUUUCUUGAUCUCACUUGGUACUCCUGAAGUCUUCUGUGAACAGUUAAUACUGAAAUCUCAUGUCUACGAACGAUGAGCUAGAAGUACAGAAGAUAAACGAGAAUCACGAACAACUGAUAGUCUUAGAAAAUGAUCUUGACAAUGGAUUGUUAUAGAGAGAUGACCUGGUCGUGCCCUCCUUGUAUAUCGCCUGAUGGCAUCAUUGAAGUACGUGAAACAUUCGCGAUAAUUCGCAUACUCGGUCCUUCUUCAAUUGAAUUGCACAGACGAUUGCUUCAAUAUACUAUUUCUGGAAUACGAAAAUGUUCCAAGAAGUAUACUGGAAAACGCUGUAUACGUUUCACUGUUCAUUUGUCUGCUUCUGGUUGAAUAAAGCAGAUUAACCAACUGUGACUAAAACCAUUGAUCUGAUGAGAUGAGAUGAUUCCAAUAAAAAUCUAACUGUCCCGUUUUUUUAGCACAAGUGUUAUUUUGCUCCCUGUGAAUAUGACUGCUAAAUUACUUAUCCAAGGAAGUUUCACUUUCUGGCAACAGCGGAGGAAAUAUGUAACGUUAGUUUUCCUUCAUAUAUAUGUGUGAAAAUGUGAAAUGUCAUCACGAAACUCGAGGCGUUUUGAGUUAUGUGAGAUUAUAUAAUUGUGGAUCCAUAUUAUCAUUUUUACAAAACGGAAAAUACGGAACGUAAAAUCUACAACUGUGUGGGCCACUUUUGACGCUUUCAAAAAGAAAAUCUAGUGCAACGUCUUCGCUUCCGAAUUAUGAAGUUUAUAUUGAACGACGGAUCGGGAAAUUUUGUGGUGUACUGUACGAUGCCGUAGUAUUGAGUUUUCGAGAAAAUGCUAGAGUGGUGCACAGCGUGACGGUUGUAGUCGGGAGCUUAACGCGUGCGCGUUUUCCUUUCGCAAACUUGACGCUUUACAAUCGACUGUUGCUUUUCCCAGUGUGGCGUGUGUCAGUCGGUAGUGCAGUCGCGAAAAACGGUACUCACUCAUAGCAUACUACCAUUUACUCUCUCAUUCAUACCAACAACAACUCGUAUAACAAGUGACUUGUUCGCGCGACCACAUUUUUUAAAAAAAAAAAAAAAACACCCUUCGCACAGUUUGUUCCAGCCACUUAUUUAGAUUUGUAAAGAGGGUGAAAAAAAUCACCCCACGCAAAGGGCCAUUUUCGUUGAGUGAGCAUGAACAACGCGGAACUAAAGGAUGCUGUCGACAUGAACAUGGAAGAUUCAGGAAAUAGUUGCGGAAGCUCGGUUUUCUCCGAUGUGAGCGGAACCGACUUCUUCGACGGCGACACCGAUGAUGUCCAGGUGUCCGAUUUAGAAGGCUUGGAAAACCUCGACGACGAGCACCAACAUGACGAAGACACGAUUCUUGACCAACAGUGUGAUUCGUUGGGAUCAUGGGAACUUCCAAGGCGCCGUUCGUCACCAAUCAUCCACAAUAGCAUGUCUUCUAACAUAGACGCUCAGCAACGUCUGGCUGUCCUCAGUUACGAACAGGUCCGUCGCCUAAACGACGUCAUGGACGAAGUUGUCUCAAUCCACGGCCGAGGGAACUUUCCCACCCUCGAAGUGAAACUAAAAGACUUAGUAACAACUGUGAGAGCUAAAUUAGUAGCCGAUACCGCAUCAGGGGGUGCAGGUAUGAAAGUGCGCGAUAUUCGUCUGAACGGUGGCGCCGCAUCACAUGUUUUGGCCACCGAAUCGCAGCCCUACAACGAUCUAGAUCUCAUAUUUGGCGUGGAAUUGGGCAACGCGAGAAAUUAUGACAAAGUCAAAUCGGCCGUGUUGAGUUCCCUCUACGAUCUACUUCCCGAUGGAGUCAGUAGAAAACGUAUCUCGACGUGUUCGUUGAAAGAAGCGUAUGUGAGCAAAAUGGUUAAAGUCAACAACGACGUCGACAAAUGGUCUCUCAUUUCUUUGGGAAACUCACGCGGUCACAAAAAUGUCGAAUUGAAAUUCGUUGACACAAUGAAAAGACAAUUUGAAUUUUCCGUUGACUCAUUCCAGAUUCACUUGGAAUCCUUACUAUUAUUCUACGACUGUUCUAAACUCCCAAUAAGUGAGAAUUUCUAUCCAACUGUUGUUGGCGAGUCUGUUUAUGGAGAUUUUCAAGAAGCGUUGUAUCAUCUACAGAAAAAGUUUAUUGCCACCAGAAACCCCGAAGAAAUCAGAGGCGGCGGCUUGCUAAAAUACUGUAAUCUACUAGUCAAAAACUACAAGCCCGCAAAACCGGAUUGCAUCAAAACCCUUCAGAGGUACAUGUGCUCUCGUUUCUUUAUAGAUUUCUCGGAUAUCACUCAGCAGCGGGCGAAACUGGAGAACUACCUUAUGAAUCACUUCGUUGGGCCUGAGGAGGAAGCCUUGAAGCACCCAUAUCUCAUGUUGUUGCACGGCGUCGUCGAGGAAUCCACUGUAUGUCUGAUGGGUCAUGAAAGGCGACAGACCCUUAGUCUGAUCGAAGGUCUUGCAUGGCAGGUUCUGUGCCAGGAACAGCAGAAAAUAUUGAGUCAACACCAUCACCCUGGUGCACCACCCGCGACACUAGUGUACGCAAACGGAUACUUGUACGCGCCAGUGGCAUCCGUGAUACCAACCAAUUGCUAUCCAUGCACAUGCAACGCAUGGCUCGCAACGACGACAUGCCCGUCUACGUGAUGCGGGUACUGUAGUGAUGAUCCGUGAAGUGCACCCUGCCAAUGCUGUCUUCGACGACGAUAAUCAGACUGAGUAUGUUGUGAGUUGUGAUUACUCGGGCGUGACACCUCCAGGUCCACACGAUUCAUAUCUAAUCAUUCCAAAAUUAUUCGGUGAACCAAUUGACAUUUUCUCGUCAAGGAAGGCUGAAUGCAGUCCGAUUUGGCGCAAUUAUUAAUUUUUUCAGUGGCUGUGACAAAAUCAUCUAUUUGCGGAGAAUGAAGGGAACGUAGUUCUGUUGUGUGAAGGGUGCAAACGCAAACCUUCGGCAAAGUUUCUUGAUCGUUUCGAUUUUUGGAGUUUCAGACGUUACAGCCAAAAUUUUCAAUUUAACUCAGUCAGUAAACAAUGUUUCACACGGUAACUUGGUCUCACAAAUUCUCCUACCUACGAAAAUGCUUACAAACUCUCUUCUGUUCUUCAAUUUUAUUUUUGUUUUCUGCUUUUAGUAAACAAGACGGUGUAGUAAAUCAAUUCUUGCGUUUUUUGAUUUGAUGCAAAAAAAUUGUAAGAUUUAAUUUAUUAUUUUAGUUUUGUUUACAAUCGAUUCUAUUUUAGUUUUGUUUACCAUCAAUUCUUGUUAAUGGUUCAUUCGUGUUUUUUGAUACAGAGGCUAGACAUAAUUCGCGAAUACACUACUGCACGAAAAUGAUGAACAUCUAAAUUUGAAUUUCGUAUAGAAAAUGUUCAUUGUUUUUGUAACAUAAUGUGCAAAUUCCAAGUAUUGUGCUUUUCGUUUUCAAUUCUAUUCAAAUGCAUUUUUGUUCGGAACAUCUUAAACUCCCAUAAUUUCGAAACCCAGUGAUUUAUAUGCAAUCGAAAAAGUUAAAUCCCGUUGAAUUCAAUCUAAAACAAAAGGUCGGAUUUAACGGAAAAAUGGCAAUGUUGUCUCUCCUUUAUUAAGUAUAACGUACUUCAAAG